UGGCGAGAUCCGGGUCGAGGGACGAGCGACCGGAGCGGCACCACCUACCGUUCGGAAGUGAGCAUAGAUGCUAAUGAUUCGCUUACACAGAAGUACCAGAGUUCAUGCUACUCAAACCAACUACUCCACUUAAGCUAUGAUUGGUAUGCACGUGAGUUGUAUACUUAAUCAGGUCGGCCCCACCCUCGCCCCCAGGUCGGUGAAAAAUUUUAGUGCGUGCCAACAUAUUUCAUUAUUACUACUGAAUCGCUGCAGUUGAUAAACCCCCACGGUUGGAAAUUGUCCACUGCUGCGUCUGAAAAAUAUAUAUAGGAAUUGGAAUUUCCAGCCCACAACAAAAUUUGGCAGUUCUUCUUUUCCUUCUCUUCUCUCUUUCUGGUCCAGUGGAAUUCCUUACUAUUCCUAUCGCUUUUGUAUCUUCAAUUGCCACCAGACUUCCAUUUGCCAUGUCGUCCGUCGAUCAAAAAGCUAUCAGCACCAUCCGUCUUUUGGCUGUGGAUGCCGUCGCUGCUGCCAACUCCGGUCACCCAGGUGCUCCAUUGGGUUUGGCUCCAGCUGCCCACGCCGUAUUCAAGAAGAUGAGAUUCAACCCUAAGGAUACCAAGUGGAUCAACAGAGACAGAUUCGUCUUGUCCAACGGUCACGCCUGUGCCUUGUUGUACUCGAUGUUGGUUCUCUACGGCUACGACUUAACCGUCGAAGACUUGAAGAAGUUCAGACAAUUGGGCUCCAAGACCCCUGGUCACCCAGAAAACACCGAUGUUCCAGGUGCUGAAGUCACUACCGGUCCAUUAGGUCAAGGUAUCUGUAACGGUGUUGGUAUUGCCCUUGCCCAAGCUCAAUUCGCUGCCACCUACAACAAGCCAGACUUCCCUAUCUCCGACUCGUACACCUACGUCUUCUUGGGUGACGGUUGUUUGAUGGAAGGUGUUUCUUCGGAAGCCUCUUCUCUUGCUGGUCACUUGCAAUUGGGUAAUUUGAUUGCCUUCUGGGACGACAACAAGAUCUCCAUUGACGGUUCUACUGAAGUUGCAUUCACCGAAGACGUUAUCGCCAGAUACAAGUCGUACGGAUGGCACAUUGUUGAAGUCAGCGAUGCAGACACCGAUAUCACUGCCAUUGCUGCUGCCAUCGACGAAGCCAAGAAGGUUACCAAUAAGCCAACUUUGGUUAGAUUGACUACCACCAUCGGUUUCGGUUCGCUUGCUCAAGGUACUCAUGGUGUCCACGGUGCUCCAUUGAAGGCUGAUGACAUCAAGCAAUUGAAGACUAAGUGGGGCUUCAACCCAGAAGAAUCCUUCGCUGUUCCAGCUGAAGUUACUGCUUCCUACAACGAGCACGUUGCUGAAAACCAGAAGAUUCAACAACAAUGGAACGAAUUGUUCGCUGCCUACAAGCAAAAGUACCCAGAAUUGGGUGCUGAGCUCCAACGUCGUUUGGACGGUAAGUUGCCAGAAAACUGGGACAAAGCCUUGCCAGUCUACACCCCAGCCGACGCUGCCGUUGCUACCAGAAAGUUGUCUGAAAUCGUCUUGUCCAAGAUCAUUCCAGAAGUGCCAGAAAUCAUUGGUGGUUCUGCCGAUUUGACUCCUUCCAACUUGACCAAGGCCAAGGGCACUGUUGACUUCCAGCCUGCCGCUACUGGCUUGGGUGAUUACUCUGGUAGAUACAUCAGAUACGGUGUUAGAGAACACGCUAUGGGUGCUAUCAUGAACGGUAUCGCUGCCUUUGGUGCCAACUACAAGAACUACGGUGGUACUUUCUUGAACUUUGUCUCCUAUGCUGCUGGUGCCGUCAGAUUGUCUGCAUUGUCUGAAUUCCCAAUCACUUGGGUCGCUACACACGACUCUAUCGGUUUGGGUGAAGACGGUCCAACCCAUCAACCUAUCGAAACAUUGGCUCAUUUCAGAGCUACUCCAAACAUCUCUGUCUGGAGACCAGCUGAUGGUAAUGAAACCUCUGCUGCUUACAAGAGUGCUAUCGAAUCUACCCACACUCCACACAUUCUUGCCUUGACCAGACAAAACUUGCCACAAUUGGAAGGAUCCAGUAUUGAAAAGGCUUCUAAGGGUGGUUACACUUUGGUCCAACAAGACAAGGCUGACAUCAUCAUCGUUGCUACUGGUUCCGAAGUGUCUCUUGCUGUCGAUGCCCUCAAGGUCUUAGAAGGCCAAGGCAUCAAGGCUGGUGUCGUCUCCUUGCCAGAUCAAUUGACCUUCGACAAGCAAUCUGAAGAAUACAAGUUGUCUGUCUUGCCAGAUGGCGUUCCAAUCUUGUCUGUUGAAGUUAUGUCCACCUUCGGCUGGUCUAAGUACUCUCACCAACAAUUCGGUUUGAACAGAUUCGGUGCUUCCGGUAAAGCUCCAGAAAUCUUCAAGCUCUUCGAAUUCACCCCAGAAGGUGUUGCUGAAAGAGCUGCCAAGACUGUUGCCUUCUACAAGGGCAAGGAUGUUGUGUCUCCAUUGCGUUCUGCCUUCUGAACGUUUGGUUAUGUCUCUCUUUUAUCUAGUUACAUUUAGUUAUGUUAAAUUUUAAUUCAAGUUUUGGUUCUAGCUUGUGUAAAUGAACAUUCAUUUUAUAUAGCUUGCUCUCGUU